UGUCCCGGCCAGAAAGCAGAAAGCAACAAUCAAGUUUACGUUUGCACGAUGCACGAUUUGUGUGGAACAACAAAGUAAAACUUCUGUAACCAGUGAUUUAAUAUUGUGAAAUUGUGUUUAUAUUUAGAAAAUUUAAUUUAAUCAUUCUUCAAGUAUCAUAUUAAUCUAAUAAUGUUGUGCUAUCAGUUGUUUUGUUCUUGAUAUUCGUAGUAAACAGUUUGAGGCAAAAACUUUUCAAUGCCAGUGUUUAGGCCUAUGAUAGAUGCAGAAUCGGGAUCUAAGAUUACAAUGAAAAGAUUAGAUUACAAUUCAAAAAGAAGUAGUCAAUCAACUGACACCGAAAAUGAGGAAAUCAGUUCGCCGUUUGUUGCAGUGCCCGAGAAAAUAGUAGUUUGUGUUGACAUUGCAGAAGAUCCUAACCUAGUACCCUACCGUAGGUCUGACAACACCAAUUUCAGACCAUUUGAAGCUCUCAAGAAAGCUUUGGAACUUUUUGCAACCAAUAAACUUAGUUUGAAUCAAAAUCAUCAAUUCGCUUUCGCUACAGUCGAACCAGGUGGAUUCAAGUGGGUAUCAGACUUUAGUAGCAACUUGCAAGUGAUUAGCUCUGUAAUUGACUCUCUUGAACCCGUGGAACAAACCAAACCAGACAUUUGCAACUUCAACACCGUCUUCAAAGAAGUGAAAUCUAAAGUAGGAACCCUACCAGUCAACACAAACAAUAAUGUGAUUCCAAGCCACAUUGUAAGGCUUUUCUUAAUCUACAAUUCGUCAAUGAACAAACCAUUCUUGAACAGGCGUGAUGAAAGCUACAAGUCGCUGAUUUUGUCGGAUAACUUCUUUCUGGACAUACUGUAUCUACACGAUCCUGCAAGCGCCGAAAACUACCCUCAAAAAAUCUACAGUGUUCUUUUGAGCUUCAUCAAAGGAGGCUCGUAUUUCCAAGAAGAAUCCAGGAAAGUCACACAGGUUUUCAACACAUUCGCUAGAUUCCUGGCUCACCCGUUCCAGCGACCGUACAAUGAAUACGAACAACAAGUAUUAGAAAUGUCUGAAAACUAUUAAGAGGUAUUCUCGAACUAAUCCAGUUUUCAAA